AUGAAACGAGGAAGGACAGGUCUCAAAUCAAAGUGCAAGAUCUUCCCCACCCAUGAGGGGAGGGCUAAGAGACAGAAGGUGUCCAGCUUCGCCCUCAAACCAGUAGAGGAUUGGGGUAACCUGCCCGACAACAUUGUGCUCCAGAUCUUCCAGCAUCUGUCCCAUGUGGACUGGGCCAAGGCUUCAUCUGUUGACAUCUUUCACAUCCCAGACUUGUGGAGGCGGUGUGAGUUUGAGCUCAAUCAGCCGGCCACGUCUUACCUGCGCUCCACCCAUCCUGAGCUGAUUCAGCAAAUCAUCAAGAAGCAUGCCCAGCACCUGCAGUACGUUAGCCUCAAGGUGGACAGCUGCACAGAAUCUGCAGAGGCGGCCUGUGACAUUCUCUCGCAGCUGGUGAACUGUACCAUUAAGACCCUGGGGCUGAUUUCCACAGCGAGGCCCAGUUUCAUGGAUGUUUCUCAGGCCCACUUUGUGUCUGCGCUGAUGGUGGUGUUCGUCAACUCCAAGUCUCUGUCUUCUAUCAAGAUUGAUGAUACGCCAGUGGAUGAUCCAUCUCUGAAGGUGCUGGUUGCCAAUAACAGUGAUACCCUUAAGUUGCUGAAGAAGAGCAGCUGUCCUCAUGUCUCUCCAGCAGGCAUCCUAUGUGUGGCAGACCAGUGCAAUGGACUCAGGGAGUUGGCAUAUCAUCUGCUGAGCGACAAGCUCCUGCUUGCCCUCUCCUCUGAAAAACACGUCCACCUGGAGCAUCUGCGCAUUGACGUGGUGAGUGAAAACCCUGGCCAGACGCACUUUCACACCAUCAAGAGGAGCAGCUGGGAGGUUUUGGUGCAACACUCACCUAAGGUCAACAUCGUUAUGUACUUCUUCCUGUAUGAGGAGGAGUUUGAGCCCUUCUUUUGUGAAGACCCCGUCACUCACCUGUACUUUGGCCGGUCAGUUAGCAAAGAGAUGCUGGGCCGCAUGGGACUGAACUGCCCUCGGCUGGUAGAGCUGGUGGUGUGCGCCAAUGGCCUGGAGCCCCUGGAUGAGGAGCUGAUCCGCAUUGCCGAACGCUGUAAAAGCUUGACGGCCAUUGGACUGGGCGAAUGCGUAGUGACCUGCAGUGGCUUUGUGGAGUUUGUGAAGAUGUGCGGGGGCAGGCUGACCCAGCUGUCAGUCAUGGAGGAGGUGCUGAUUCCAGACAGCAGCUACAACAUGGAACAGAUUCACAGCGAGGUCUCGAAGCACCUGGGACGCAUGUGGUUCCCUGAUAUGAUGCCCACCUGGUAG